AUGGCCGCAUUUCGAUCAGAGCAGGCGCAGAUGAAGAAGCUCAAGGCCCUCGAGAAGGCAAAGGAGAAGCAAUCAAAAGGUCGAGUUCGUGCAUCUCGUCGUUCAACCCAGACAUCGGCCUCAGAUCAAACUCAGGGAAAUUCAACUCAGCAAUCAGCUCCGGUGAAUUCACAACCUUUGGUCCCGGACACCAACCCCCCUUUCAACACAUAUGACUAUGAGAAUGUGUGUUCCUACCUUGAGGAGGAAGCUAACUAUACUCGGCUCUAUGGCGAUGGAUCGAAGACCACGGUUGGGAAAACUAAGGUUACUAAGGGAGCUGCCUAUGACAUGAAACAAUUCAUGAAGGCUAAAGACUUUGCCGAGAAUACCAGGGCCAGGAUCGAAGAAGGGGAUGGCCUCCCCACCCUUGCGGAGUUGCUUGAGAAGAAAUGGCCGUGUUAUGAACGGAUGUACGCAAUCUUUGGUGGGAAGGCAAACAUGACCCCUUUGGCUCAGUUUGACUCGGGUGUAGGUGCCGACCUAUAUGCAGAAUCAACGAACGCGAGGGACGUUGACAAUCCGAGUUUGUCCCCAGAGGUCUUCUUCUCUGGUUGGGAAGAAAGCGAGGUUGAUCAACCCCCUUCGGGUGCAAACACCCCUGCGGCCGGCCUUGAUUUGAUCCGAUGUCAAACCGCCUUCGAUCGGCUUACUAGUCUCAAUAUACCGAACUCGGAAGGCGAGGGGGACCUGGACGAUGAUCUGCUCCCCCCACCCCUGGACUUCAGUGGGACGGCAAUGGAUCCCUCACCCAGCCUGAUGACUCAACGUUCGAUCAGUCGUGCGACUCAAGGCUCGGCAAUCCCAUCGGCCAAUGGAGGUGUCUUGCUCCCAAUGUCCUCCCAGUUAAGCACCCCAGACCCUGCUCGUCUGUCCCCUGUGCUCGGCGGCAGUGCCACCCGUCAAGCAUUUCCUAAUCAGCGAUCGACGGAGGCCAGCCCUGCAGGACCAAAUCGAGAGGGUAAUGGGAAACCCAAAGCAACCUUGGCUAGUGCUUUUGAAAGUUCGAACUUGGAGAAAUUUGCUUAUCUGAAAGCGCACAUGGCGUGGGAGAAGGAGAAAGAGAAUAAACGACUGGAGUGGGAAAAAGAGCGUUACAAUAAGGAGGUCGAACGAGCGACCAAAGGGGCUCAAGGUCAGGCCAAAUUGGCUGAAGCCAAGCUGAACACCGCACAAGAGUGGAUUAGUCAAGGGAAAUUGUCAACCGAGGUUGACCUGCUUUUGAAGGCAAUCUAUGGAUGA